ACCAAUUCGGCGGGCGCUCGCACGCGCCUACGAACAUACCGAUUGCUAGAUCGAACUGCGCUUGUUGACGAACGCAUACGACCGCUGUUACCAGCAAGAGAUUUUGCUCUCUGCGAUUGCCUGCAGGCUGUGAACACUGCAUCCAGUGGGAGGCUGUCAACAACGCGUGCAAUUCGCAAGCAAAAAGCUACAACACGCAGCCUCGCGCGCACCACAAAUUAAUCAGCGCGACGACAAUGGGCGGCGGCAGCGACCUCCAGCGCCUCUCCGGCGGCGAGAACUGCGUGCUCGGUCCGCGGCGCGGCGUCCCAUCCCGGCCUCCGCGCCAUCGCCGCGACCCUGGCAAGCGAGUCGCGUCGAUGGCGUAUAAAUGUCCCAGGCGCACUCGCUGACGCAUCGCCGCGACCAAACAACACAAAAAACGCAGGCAUGGUCACGGGCGUGCUCAGUAAGUGCUGCAACUACCCCUGUCUGGUGUGGAAGAACACGCUCCAGCAGGGCAUUAAGUUGAAUACGACGUGGACGACGAGCGGCGGCGCGUUCAGCCCCCUGAAAGUUUACAGAGGAUUGCCCAUGGCCUGCAUGAACCUGGGCGGGACGAACGCCGUGCAGUUCGUCGGCACGGGCUUCUUCCAGAAGUUGCUCGCCAAGUCAAGUAAUGAUAAGGACGCCGUCCAGGUGGGCGGCGCGUUCCUGGGAGGUGCUGCUUCUGGAGUGCCGUGUAGCAUCUGGGAGCUCUGCAUGAUCCAGCAGCAGCGGUUCGGCGGUUCGACCCUAGGCACGCCCGCGCGCAUUGUCCAGGAGUACGGCGCGGCGGCGAUCGGGCGCGGCAUCACGACGACCAUCGGGAGGGAGGCCAUGUUCACCAUGAGUAUGUUGGGCGUCACGCCCUUGAUCCAGGAGAAGCUUGUAGAGAGUUCAGGCAUGGAGAAGAACGCGGCGCUCGCGGCGGGGUCGUUGACGGGCGCGCUGCUCGCGGGCGUCGCGACGCAUCCUCUGGACACGAUCAAAAGUUGCAUGCAGGGCGACCUGGGGCGCAAGAAGUACGAUGGGAUCGUGCAGACGGGUAGAAGUUUGGCGACCGAGUACGGCGUCGUGCAGGGCCUCUUCAAGGGCCUCUUCUGGCGCGUCGCUUUAAUAUCGACGACGUUCUUCCUCGUGAACACGUUCAAGCAGCAGACCGUGCCGCUGCUCUUCCCGCACGCCGUCCAGGACGAGCCCGAGAAGAAGUCCUCGAGGUAACUUUUUGUCCAUAGGAGUCCCUGUCGCCAUCGCGGCGAUGGCGUCGAGGGCAGCCCCACCGUCGCUCGGAUUCACACAUAUAGCAUAC